CACAUCAAUAUCCCCACAAACACACACCCACUCAUCUCUCUACAUUUCACACUAAACUCCCACCUUAAAAACCCCUUUCAAGUUCAACCAGUGUAUGGCAGCUCGCUUAUUGGCACAUGAGGUAGCUGACCUCUGUCUCGGCAAGCCGCCGUUGAAAUCGCUAUCCGUAUCCGCCACCGUUCGCUACGCCUUAACCGCGCUCAAGUCCACCGACGACACCCAUAUCAGUGUCUGGAGCUGUAACCACAACAACCACUCGAUCUCAUACCAAGACUGUCGUUGUGUUGGUAAAAUUUGCAUGGUGGAUAUUAUAUGUUACCUUUGUAAAGAUGAUCACAUCAUGUCUCCGACAACCGCGCUUGAUUCUCCGGUCUCUGUUCUGUUGUCACCUGAUUCCAACGUUGUGACACAUGUGGACCCCGCCUCAUGCUUGGUAGAAGCAAUUGAUAUGAUCAUCAACGGAGCUCAAAAUCUAGUAGUACCCAUAACCAGGAGAACAACAAUCAAUUCAAAACGAAAACAAACACUACCCAACGAAUCAUCAAUCGCUCCAACGGCCCAUACGGGCGGUAUUGAAUUCUGUUGGUUAACACAAGAAGACGUAAUCAGAUUCCUACUAAACUCAAUCGCACUAUUCUCCCCAACCGCAGCAUAUUCCGUCAACUCUCUCGGAAUCAUCGAUUCCGACAUCCUCACCGUCAACUACCACUCGCCGGCAUCCACCGCACUCGACUCCAUCACCACCGCACUCGCCGAUCAAACCUCCGUCGCCGUAGUGGACGACGACGGUAUCCUAAUCGGCGAAAUCUCCCCCUUCACAUUAUCCUAUUGCGAUGAAACAGCUGCGGCUGCAAUCGCGACACUAUCCGCAGGCGAUUUAAUGGCGUAUAUUGACUGCGGUGGGCCGCCUGAGGAUAUAAUCAAAUUGGUGGAGACAAGGUUGAAGCAGAGGGAUUUGAAAGGGAUGUUGGAAUCGUUUUCGGUUUAUUCGUCUGAAAUUAAUGUGAAUAGUAAGUUGUGUGCAACAUUAUUGUCAUCAUCUGAUGAUGAAAUGUUGAAUUCGCCUGUUAGUGUGAAGUCUGGGAGGUUUAGUAGGUCGAGUAGCUACUCGGCUAGGAUAACGCGGAUGGCCGAGGCGAUAGUGUGCUAUCCCGGGAGCUCGUUGGUGGCCGUUAUGAUCCAAGCGAUCGCGCACCGGGUUAGCUAUGUUUGGGUGAUUGAAGAGGAUUGUAGUGUUGUUGGGAUUGUUAGGUUUUCGAGUAUGUUAGAAGUUUUCCGGGAACAUUUAGAAAGUAUGAUGAACUAAAGGAGGGGGGGGGGGGGGGUGUUGUAAUGUGAGUUUGGAGGGUUUUUGUUUGAAAUUAUUUAUAAAAUAAGUUGUUUGAAAUAUUUUUUUAAAAGAUGAAUGAGACUAUGAGAGCAUUCAUAUUCA